ACCCGGGCAUCGUCAAAUCAGACAAACCGGAAAUCCCUCUCUCUUGCCAACAUCACGAAUCGACCUCUCCACUCCACCCAUUGCGCCCACAAUGUUUUUGCAACGCACUGCUGUGGCGGCCGCCCGCCGAGCUGCUGUCUCGCCCAUCGUCCGCCGAAGCUUCACGGCUUCCGUCAUGCGCCGAGAUGCGAAGAACGUCGAGCCUCACUCCAGCGUCAGCCAGAAGAUGAAGUCUUUCAGCGAAAUCAAGACCGAGCAGGACCUCAUCGGACCUGGUGCCCAGCCUGGGUCCGUCCCCACCGAUCUCGAGCAGUCCACCGGUCUCGAGCGUCUCGAGAUCUUGGGUAAGAUGGAGGGCGUUGAUAUCUUUGACAUGCGACCUCUCGACUCGUCGCGAAAGGGCACGGUCGACAACCCCAUCCCGGUCAAGUCUGCUGGUGACGAGCAGUACGCUGGCUGCACUGGCUCCCCCGCCGACUCGCACGUCGUGCACUGGCUUGGCAUGUCCCGCGAGCGACCGGUGGAGCGAUGCCCCGAGUGCGGCAGCGUCUACAAGAUGGAGUACGUUGGACCUCAGGAUGACCACCACGGCCACCACGACCACCACGGUUACGAAGAGCCCAAGACAUUCGCCAACUUCGUCAAGCCCGAGUACUGGUAAACAGGACGCACAUAUCGAGGGUAAUAGGAGGCGGUGUUGGUGCCUGGAGCGGCAAGGGUUGUAGAAUAGGAGCGGCCGGUGACGUGGCUGUAUAGAAUUCCCAAAGAGUUGAUCAUCUGCAAGAUCCGUCUACCUUUAUGAUCCUCAUGACUGCAUACGAUAUACGAUAUACGCGCAAUGCGAAAUAUAGGCAAUAUCGAAGAAGGCUGAUAGGCAUAUUGAUACCUAACAUACUAACACCACUCCCGCAGAUGGUGGCCUUUGAUUAGACAAAGCAACAAUGAAACAAUUGGCAGGUACCAAAGGGUACACCAACUAUUCCGGGCCAUCCCACUGUUACGCCA